AUGAGUUCCAGUACUGGUGCGUCACAUCUUCCCUCAAUUUCCGUAUGGUUCGCGCGCGCGGUACUGAUCCUUCAACAACUAGACAACACGGCGGACCGCCCUGAGGACCAGGACGAGGAGAUGGCCUCCGAAUCAGACACCGACCCAUCCGGAUCUGCGACAGCGGACAGCAAGAGCAAGUUCAUUUUCGAUCAGGUCGUCAAGGAUAUCUUGAAGGAGAACCCGGGAAGCGAGGGGGUGCUGGCGAUUGGGGAGGAGGCUUUGAAGACCCUCGAGGAAGCUGCGGAGGAUUUCUUGGUGGAGGAGUUCGAGGCGGCGGGUAGCGUUGCUGCGAAGGAUAAUCAGCGCGUGACGGUUAGUGAGAAGGACAUGCGAGCUGCGCGAGAGUUGAGAGAGAACGUUCAGGCUGGAGAGGGACCGAGCAAGCAUGGCGACGGGAAUGGCGCACAAGUAUCGGCGAAGGCACACUUAGCACGUAUUAACACCGAAAGGCAAGUAAGUCAGAUAGACAAAUCACCAAAACCAAAACCAGCACCAGCACCGGCACCGGCAUCAGCACCGGCACCAGCACAUCCUCAGCCGGCCCGACCUCAAAGCCCAAGAAAGCCACGUACAAAGCCAUCAGCAGCAACUCCAAGCCGAGUCAGAAACCGAAGACCUCCCCUGAAAAAUACGCUAGCGAGAGCUGCUGAGCGCGAAUCAAAGGAGACUACGACUACUAACUUCUACGUCCAAGAAAUAUAUAAAGAAACCCCCAGCCAGCCAAACCCCAGAAGUAGCGCGGCCGCGGCUGACAAACAGAGCGUACUCUUUGCAUCUAUCCAUCUCGCCAGCGCGAAAACCACAUCUCAGCAACUCACAAAUUACAAUCGACAAGUCGUAAGAAGGUCCAGCAAGAGAAAAGGAUACCGAUCUCUACCAAGCUUCAAAGGGCCUGCGAACAGGUUAACGUUGAAGAGACAGAGAAGAGGGACAGACAGAUGCACGGUUAGAGACAGACAAACAGACAGCUCUUAG